AUGAUAUUUAUUUUCUUGUUUAAGGGAGACCUCUUGAAGGAAUUGCCUUCGUUUAACAGGAGUAACUUUUCAAAAUACUGUGCCGAUGCAGGUACCAAAGUUUCGGUAGGUUGAAAAUUAACCCAUUUCAUCUUUGGAUUUGAUAAAAUUAUCCGUCUUAAUUUGGCUCUUUAUCUCUCUUUAUCUCUACUAAGUGUCGCAUCUGAACAUUGAUUUGAUAGGUGCAUAGAAAAUUUUCAGAAAUCAUCACUUUUGCCAACAAAGACACGUUUUAAAACUUAUAUUCCUGGCGUAUAAGAACGUAAUUACUUAAGCUUAACUUCUUUUCCCUGUCCAAGUGCCUUUUAUAACUUGUUAUUUUGUUUAACAUCCGUAUUAUUGGCAGAAACUUAACGUGGAGUAUGUAGAUCGAUUUUUUUCCUCCGGAAUGUUCUUGUGAAUUUUUCUUCUCGAGAUCGUAGGAAGGUUGUCUGUCCAGCUAUCACGUUUGCACAAGAAAUGUGCUUUAUGCAUAAAUUUAACUUAUUAUUCAUUUAAAAUAUUCCCCCGAUUCUGAUUGGCUAAAAGCACACGUAUAAUUCAUCAUAACCAGCUACUGAUGACCAAAUUUGGAAGAAUUUAGCGUUUAAUGAACUGAUGACGUCAAAAAUGCAGCGUUCUUGUUUAUGCACCGUUAACCGAGAAGACCUGGGUACAAGGUUGAGUUGUUUUGGUUGUAAAAACAAAAAAUGGCAGACAUUUCACUCGUUUCAAGAGUAAGACCUAGGCAAAAUAAUAGCUAAAAACAUGGCAAGAACCGUAAGAAGACAACUCGAAGGGUGACAUUGGCUAUUGACUAUUUUCCAAUUGCCCAUAAUACACUCUGUUUGCCCCCCAAAUUUUGCAUAACUUAUUGUCUUAAAAUGCUCUUGGGAAAAUGCAAUACUCCCAGGAGCAUUUAAAAAUAAUGGUUUAUGCAGAAUUUGGGGGGCAAACAGAGUGUAUUAUGGGCAAUUGGAAAAUAGAGAAUUUGGAGAAUAUUUGCGGAGCUGAACAACCCUAAACUUGCACUAUCAAAGAUGAACUUAACAUCGAUGGAGGUAAGCAUGUUUUAGCUAUGUUUUUAAACUAGGAGUUAUUUUGAAUGAGUGAUAAAACAAUUAUUGAAUUCGUCUUUCGUAUCAUAUGAAAAAUUAUUGAGAUCUUGGAGGGUGUUAUCCGCCUUGGGCUACGGCCUUGAUGGAUAACACCCUCCUCAAUUUCCAUAAUUCUUCAUAAGAUACUCAGCCUCAUUCAUUAAUUGUUAAUUAAUUUGCUUUUUUUUGUGUGUUGGCAGAAUCGCAGACCAGUCGUCUAUCUGCCAACAAAAGAUGACGGAACAUCUGAACAAGGUAAUUAUUCAGUAUAAAUAAUAAGAUUUUUUUAUGUUACAAAAAGCUCAAAUUUAUACUGUAAGUAAUCCAGACAAACAGGCUUAGUUUAAGCAAAAGAAAACUUUGUGUUUGCAUAUCCUGGUAUAAACACAAGAGGGUGUUGGAAGAAUUCGCUAUGCAAACACAAGAGGAAGUCCACGGCUUGCAGAACUUUCAAGAGUAACCCCUUAAUUGUUUACAUCAGUCUAUGCAAAAACAGCAAAAAAUUUUCUAUUGCUUUUACAAAGUAACUUUCCCAGGAAAAAGAAGCAAAACUCUUUGUUACAAAUAACAUGAUGAUAGCCUGCGUGGCAGACAUUGAAAGGGGUUAAGGAUCAGGAGGAAGGAAAAAGGGAGGCCCGCUAUAACAACCCCCUUUUAGUUUAUUUCUGCGGCUGCUGGCCACUGAAAAUUUCUGAUUGGCUGAGCUAUAAAUAUGAGUAUCUUAAUUGUCAUGAAGUAAAUGAGAAUCAACCUUGAUACAGGUAUCAAAGGAAACAUGAUCUACUGACCUAAGCACAGGUAUAUAACCCCAAAAUGUCUUAAUUCUCCUUAUCUGCUUAGAACCAUGCCGGGGGUUUUUAUACAGCCAAUCAGAACCUUGGAAUUUUUUGCUCAAAUAUGGAAUCAAAGAAUUAGAUGCAUCUCUGUCUCUGUUCUUCAGUUGCCAUGCUUCUCAAUCCUCUCAAUAGGACAAUUACACGAUGAUGAUAUUUGACUGCAACUACCAGAAUUCAUUUUGGUUUUGCUUUGUUAUUUAAAUUUGUCAAUCCCGCUGAGGAUUAAAGAACAACGGCCUUAAUUUGCACAAGAAAACAACAAACUUGUGGAUUCUGUUGGUUGUAGUAAAAGGACGUCAUCGUGCAAUUGUCCUAUUAUUAUAUCCAUAACUCAAUAGUACACUCUGAUGUUUAAUUGACAAAGAAAUGUUCCAUAACAUAGUUGCCGUUUUUGUUCAGAGGAAGUCAAUCUUGGCCAUUUUGAGGGGGAUGGUGUUUUGAUUUUGGUGGAAUUUGGCCUCACGAAUCUGUAACUCCCUUUUCCAGCACAUUGUUUACGUUGUGAUACAUGGAAAAGUGAAAAGUGCUUGGUCACGUAGUGACAGUUGACUUGACAUUUGGGAACCUGGUGGGCAGCAUGCAAAAACACAAGUUCUUGUGGCGGGAACUCCCUCUCCCUUUUGCCUUUUGCACUUUUCUCCCCCUCCCCUUAAUUAUGCCUGCCAAUCAAGCUACCAUAUUCCCUUGAAUAAUAGCUGUCCCUCGAUUAAUUGCCUCCUCAAAUAAUCACCACCCUCAGACGGAAAUAUUUAAAAUAAUUGCCUCCCUCAAAUAAUCAGCCCCCCCUCCCAACCCAUCUCGCCUGUUGACUUGAAGUAGAGUCUGAUCCAACAGAAUUGAUCAGUGAUGAUUUAAGCUCUAACGCCGAGGAUAUUGCCAUUGACAAUUAAUCAUGGAACCAAAUUUGGAACUCUUAAAAAGCCCAUGUUCAGUAUAUUUGAUGUGUCAUUUUUGAUGUGAUGAUAAAACAAACAUUUAGGGUACAACUUCCAGUGACCAAUAUUUGAAAUAAUUGCCUCCCUCGAAAAAUAGCCUUCCCUCAAAUAAUUGCCCCCUUUAUGAGUGAAAAAAAUAUUAAUCACUUCCAGCUAUUAUUCGAGGAAAUAUGAUUUAUUUUAAAAAUAAAUUCUAGUCUAAAAAGGUCUCAGACUUUUUUAGUAUUGUAGCUUUAGACUGUACUGCAUAGUCUUCAUCAGGUUCUGACUCAGAUUCAGACUUUUUCAAAUUUAAAUUUCAUUUUACUUGGUAAUGAAUGAGCAUUGUUCAUGAAAAGAUAUAUUGAUCUAGUUGUUUACCUUCUCUAUUGUAGCUAUUGUUACUGACAAAGGAAAUAUUUUGUUAAGAUACCUUCAUCAGCAGUGGGAGGUAAAGGUAAGCAAAUGUCUCAGGGCAGAACUUACCAUUCCUAUAGCAGGUUAAUAGUGUUCAAGGAGGGGCAGGGGAGCUUGAAACAAAGUUGCUUCUCCCCAAGGUCCAAACCCUUACCCUUAAUACUUCAACAAAAUUUAACUCUUUUAUAUCCCCUCAAAAGGUAUCAGAGAAGAUAAAUGUUGAUUAACAUCCAAGUCAUUUUAUUUAACUCAUUAUUCUUGUGAAUUAUCUCUAUAGUCACAUACUUCAUUGGUUCAGCCAUCAAGAAACUUUAAAGACCCCUUAGUUAUAUCUAACUCUUUUCUAUUUCUCCAAGUACUCCUACAUUGUAGCUCGUGACAUGUAACUAAACACAAUGAAGUAACUCAGCCAACACAGUCAUCUAUUGUGUGUUGAAAAUGUGACCAGUCCAACACAAUAACCCAAAAUGGUUAAUAUUUAAGCUCUGAGGAGGACAGCAUAAAACAAAAAGACCUCUAUAACUAUAAGAAUAAGUUAUACUACAACCUAGAAUGUUAAUGUUAUUAUUGUUACACUACAACACCCCAAAUGAUUAAUUUUAUAAGAAAUGUUUCAUUGAUCAGUUCAGAGCAGUUGGUUUAGUUUUAUUCCAUGUAAUGUACUGAUACUUUAAUUUCCAUUUAUUGCCAGAACACACAGUCAGGUAAAAAGCGUGACGUUGGAAGUGUGGAUCUCCCAGAGUCCGCAGAGCCAUCAAGAAAAGCAAAACGCCUUGAUCAUGAAGAUUAUAGCCCACCAGAUUAA